UCCGUAGCAAGCAACCACGGUAAAGUAGCAACCUCUAUUAGCUCCACUCCACCCACACAAUCACCGAACUCUACAGAUGGCGACGCGACUGCAUUGACAUUGCGUAGUAUGUAUGUAGGUUAUAUUUACCGCAAUGAAAAAUCAGCAAUGUACCUAGCCGAAUCCGCUAAAGUUUGGCGAUCAUAUUAAUGUGGAGCCGGCAUCAUAAUAACAACUCUCAACAAACACAAGCACAAGUUAAUAAGUGUGGCUAACUAAUAGUACAAACAACUAUCAGUUAUAUAACAAGCCGCACCCAGUGAUCACGCUCUUUUGUGGAUUCGAAUCUUAGUAAAUAUACUGUAUAUUAUAAAAAAGGUGCUCCUAACCGCAGACUUACAGUACGUAAACAAUGUCGUCGUUCAUAUUUUCAUUUGAUGAUCCAGCUGUGCAAUCAUAUGCAUUUUACUCAGGGGUAUUAGCUCUGAAAACACUUGGCAUGUCUGUGUUGACGGCUAAAGUUCGUCACAGUAAGAAAGUGGUAGCUAACGAAGAAGAUGCCAAAUUGGAUAAAAAAGCAGUAAUAAAAUUUGAUGACCCUGAUGUUGAAAGAGUAAGGCGCGCACAUCUAAACGACCUUGAAAAUAUACCGGCUUUUUGGUUGUUGGGUGGAUUAUAUUUAACAACGGGACCACCGGCUUCAACAGCGAUUAAUCUCUUCCGUGUGUAUACAGCAGGUCGUAUAGUUCAUACUCUAGUUUAUGCUAUAAAGCCACUGCCGCAACCAGCUCGCGGUAUCGCAUACGGCAUACCAUUUUUUAUUAUGGUCUUCAUGGGUGUGAAGGUAAUUAUUUAUUAUUCUAAGUCCCUAUAAAUUGAUUUUUUUAGUUAUAAAAAAACCUUGACAUUGUAUUUUGUAAUAAUUAUGUAAAUAAAUAUUGAAAAUGUAGUUAUUCAAAGUAAAUUAAUAUUUUGUUUCAUAAUUAUAUACCUACAUGUAUUAUUUUUCUUAAUAACUUUAUUAAAAUCUUUAAUAAAACCAGA